AUGAAUUCAAUUAUAUCAUUACAACAUAAAAUUUCAAUUGGAAUAGUGACAAAACCAUCAUUUAUUUCAACACCAAUUCAAUAUAUUUUUAAUCAACAAAAAAGAAAUAUAGUAUAUAAUAAUAAUAUUAAUAAUAAUAGAAUAAAUAGUAAUAAAAUUGUAAACGAUGAAUUUUUAUCAUUAUCAUCACAAUCAACUUUAAAUAAAAUUCAAAAAUUUGAAUUAAAUAAAUAUGCGCUAUCUUCAUUUGAAAAAAGAUUUUUUUCAACAACCCCACCAACUGAUAAUAAUAAUAAUAAAAAUAAUUCAACAACAACAACAACAACAACAACAACAAAUAAAACACCAGAAGAAAUUAAAGAAGAUGAUAUUAUUGUAUCAAUUAAACCAAAACAUGAACAAGAAAAAGUUGGAUGGAAAAUAAAGAUUAAACAAGGUAUUGAUCAUUAUUGGUUAGGUACUAAAUUAUUGGGAAAGAAUAUUAGUAUUGCAGUUGCAUUGAUUAAAAGAGUUAUUAAAGGUCAUACAUUAACAAGAAGAGAGAGAAGAUUAUUGGUUCAAACCUCUGCAGAUGUAAUGAGAUUGGUACCAUUUGUUAUCAUUGUAUUGGUACCAUUUUUAGAGUUGGCAUUACCAUUCAUUUUGAAAUUAUUCCCAAAUCUCUUACCAUCAACCUACACAUGGGAGAAUGAAAGAUUAGAGGGUGCCACCGUUAGAUCCAAGAGUAAUUCAAAGGUUCGUGGUCAAUUAAAGGAUCUCUUACAUGAGAUUAGCUCCGAAUCCAAGAAGGACACUAAAACCGAAGACUUUUUCAAUUUCAUGACCAAAGUAAAGAGUGGUCAAACCGUCACCUCUGAUGAGGUUUUAAAGAUGUCUCAAUACUUUAAGGAUGAUAUCAUCAUGGAGAAGAUCACUCGUUCACAACUCUUGAUGAUGCAUAGAUAUUUAGCAGGUUCCAAUUUCAUCUCCAAAUGGUAUUCCAACGAGUAUCUUAAAGCUCAAAUCUAUAAAAAAUUGGAUAAGAUCAAACAAGACGAUAUCCUCAUCAAGAAAGAGGGUCUUAGCUCAUUGACUUUGGAGGAAUUGGUCGAUGCUGCCAUCACUCGUGGUUUCAAAGUCGAAGGUUACAAUAGAAAAUUCAUUGAAGGUCAAUUGGAUCAAUGGUUAGAUCUUUCCCUAAAUAAAUCUUUACCACCAUCCAUUUUAAUUUUAUCUCGUGCUUUCACCCUUUCACCAGGUGUCACCACAAAUGAAGCCCUAGAAGAUACUUUAGAACAUAUUCCACAAGAUGUUUUGAAUGAAGUAGUCAAAGAUUUACCAUCUGAUCUUUCAACUGAACAAGGUCAAGAAAUGGUAAAAGAAAAAAUUAAUGAAUUAACUAAAGAACAACAAGAAAUUACAACUCAUACUGAACAAGAUGAUGAAAAUACUAAAGUAGAUGAUAAAAAUGAAAAACAACCAACAACUCAAGAUGAUCAACAACAACAACAACAAUCAAGCGAACAACAGCCAUCAAGCGAACAACAAGAAACUUCAGUAAAUGAAGCUCCAAAAGAUGAAGAAAAACCAAAAGAAAAUAAGUAA